CCGUCGUCGUCCGUGCCGUGCCGUGCCGUGCCGUGAUGGCGGCGUGGCCGUGGUCGCACGGGCGGCUGGCGUCGGGGCUGCUGCUGAACCUGCUGUCGUCGACGUGCAUCGUGUUCCUGAACAAGUGGCUGUACGCGCGUCACGGGUUCCCCAACGUCAGCCUGACGCUGGUGCACCUGGCGUCCACGGGGCUGGGCCUGGCCGCCUGCCACCGGCUGCGGCUGUUCGCGCCCCGGCGGCUGCGGCCCGCCGCCCUGCUGCCCCUCGCCCUCGCCUUCUGCGGCUUCGUCGUCUUCACCAACCUGUCGCUGCAGCACAACACCGUGGGCACCUACCAGCUGGCCAAGGCCAUGACCACCCCCGCCAUCCUCCUCAUCCAGACCGUCUUCUACCGGAAGGCCUUCUCCGCCAACGUACGACUCACCCUGAUUCCCAUCACCCUGGGCGUAAUCCUGAAUUCCUACUACGACGUGAAGUUCAAUUUCCGCGGACUGGUGUUUGCUACUCUCGGUGUGUUUGUCACGUCCCUUUAUCAAGUGUGGGUUGGAGCCAAACAGCACGAGCUGCAAGUGAACUCCAUGCAGCUGCUCUACUACCAAGCGCCCAUGUCAUCGGUCUUGCUGUUGGCCAUCGUGCCCUUCUUUGAGCCCGUGUUCGGAGAAGGGGGGAUAUUUGGACCGUGGUCGCUCUCCGCCGUGCUUAUGGUGCUGCUGUCCGGUGUGGUGGCCUUCAUGGUAAACCUGUCCAUCUACUGGAUCAUUGGGAACACGUCACCCGUCACCUAUAACAUGUUCGGCCAUUUCAAGUUCUGCAUCACUCUGUGCGGAGGGUACCUCCUGUUCAAGGAUCCACUGUCCAUCAACCAGGGGCUCGGGAUCUUGUGCACGUUAUUCGGGAUCAUGGCCUAUACCUACUUUAAGCUUAGCGAACAAGAAGGCAAUAAGAGUAAACUGGCUCAGCGGCCCUAAUCGGGCGUUUUACAGACCAGGCCUCCCGAGGACGGAACCCAAGUAUUAAUUAUGCACUGAAGUAGGUGGUUUUGGGUUUCUCGGGGGCCACAGAAACAAAAAGUAUCGCAAGGUGACACCGAGGAGUUUAGCGUUGUAACUUGAGGAAGCAACUUUUCCCGUUUUGCUCUUUUCAGUUAACCUUUUUUUUAAGCCUGUCUCCAAAACAAAAGGGGUCCGUCUUACAUUU